GGGUGCGGCAAAAGCGGAGGAUGUCCAUGGGGUGCAUCUUCUCCAGCUGGUCGUUGAGAUGCCUCAGGUGGAAAGAUGUGAGGGAUAUCUGUGGCAGGGAUGGGGUGGAUGAGGUGGCCGAGCCGUAUCCUGACUCGACGUCAGCGGCAUCUUCGCUCUUGCUGUCCAGAGGCUGGAGCCUCGGCGAUGACUCCAGUGACGAUGUCUGCGUCAUGGUGAUAGGAGACAUGAUGACCUGUUGGCUCAAGUGAAUAUCGGUUCGGGAAUGUGGUUGUCAAGUGCUGAAGGCCAAGGAUGUGGUUUCGCUGCCCCGUUGGAGCUCACAGAGAUGUCUCCCUGGACAACGAUGGAACUGGCAGGGAAAGGGGUUGACGGGGAGUCUAGGCGUAUUAGUGACCCAGGCCGGAGGGCAAAUGGGGUUGUGGUGGUGUAUAGUUGGCGAGGUUAGAACUGGAGGAUGAGAAGGGAGAGUUUAGUUCCUUGGGCAGAAACAGGAGCAGCUUUGUAGAGGAUGGGACAGGGCGCAUGGGUAGGGUGUAAGUUUCGGGGUUGACGAGGUAGGUGGGCUUGGUGGGUUUGUAAUGGCGAUCCAUCGAUGAUGGACCGGCGCCUGGUGAACGGCCACGCAACUGGAGCGGCCGAUGCAGUCCAGAUGCCCCAGAGCCGGAGGAGGGCGGGACUCGCGGCCAACACCCUGGUCUGCCACGCAGCGGAGUCUCUACAGGGCUACCUACUGGCAGAGAAGCAGAUGGACGUGGGUUGCCGCGGCGAGAACUCGCGGUCUGAAUCGGAGGCAUACGGGGAGACGGCGGCGAGCAAAAUGCCCAGGGGCUAG